AUGCGACAGCUAAGUGACAUCUGCCAAAAUGCAAUAAAACCAGCAGCAACUGUAGCGAAGCAUUCCGCAAGACACCCUAUCCACGUCAUACUAACAGUUUUGUUCUUAUCCUCGUUUGCCUAUUUAUCUAUAAUACAGUCAUACCUUAUUGAAUGGGAGAUGGUUUUUAAAAAUAAGAUAAAUACAUAUGAAUUUGAAAAACUACAUUUAAUGGACGGUGCGACGCAUUAUUAUCAUUCAUCAUCCUCGUCAGACGCUGGGAAGUGGAACGUUAUUUUAGAUUCUGAGAUCGAUAAAAUCACCUUCUCAGAACAUUACUAUUUAUAUACUUUCACAUUUUUAGAUGAAUUUGGAAAUGCUUCCAACGACUGUUUGCCGGAAAUUCCCAAUGUCUUUCAUGAAAGUCCUGGAUCUAAAUACGUUCUUUCUAAGGAAUUAAAUUUGCCUCGUAUCUUUUCUGAUGAACAUAAUGUUAACUGGCACUUAUCCUCUACUAAAGAUUAUUUUACAGAAUUAAAACAUAGGAUAUUAUUUGUAAUGAGGGACAUUAUGUCUUCUAAUCAUUUAGAGCAGACAGAUCUAAGUAUUAUUGGUGGCAGUUACAUCAUACUGCUUUAUACCUUUUUCUUACUUUUCAAUGAUAUGAGGGAAGUUGGUUCUAACUUCUGGUUAGGUAUAAGUACGGUAACAAACUCAAUAUGUGCUCUCUUUCUGGCUCUGUACACCAUGAAGUACUUUAUCAAAACUACUGUACCCAUUUUAAACUUACUAGAAGGCUUGCCGUAUUUCGUAGUAAUAAUGGGGUUCAGAAAUAAAGUAACAUUGAGCGCGUAUGUGUUAAAAAGGUUCGGUAUCAUUAACAUUUCGAAAACUUUCACAUCUGAUAAUGUUAUUUACGAGGCAUUCUCUAAUGAGGGUAUCCGUCUAUUGAAAGACUACCUCUUGGGGGGCCUUAUAUGUGCUGGAUGUAUGAUUUGUCUCCCCAAUUUUGAGUCACUGGUUAGCCUCUCUUUAUUGACGGUACUUAUUCUCUUCUAUGAUUUUCUCUUAACUAUAACGUUUUAUUCAGCUAUACUAUGUUUGAAAGUAGACAUCAAUACUAUUCAUAGAACAACUCUCAUAAGAGAAACUCUGGAAGAGGAAGGCGUGGUAGCCCCUAUAGAACUUUUGAAUUCAAGUAAAGGAAUCUCUACCAAGUCAUAUUUUAAGUCAAAUACGGCAAUCUCGAUAGCGAAGGUGUUUGCCUUUUUGGUGCUAGUUGUCUUGAACUUAUACACCAUUAACUUCAAUGUUGUCAUCAAUUCUAUCAAAUCAAUUUAUAGUGCCAAGCCGCAAGCAAAUUUCCCAGAAUUUAUUCUAACUAAAAAUUACUCGAGGAUUCUCUCCAAAAAUAUACUUAUAUCGGUUAUGCCUCCUCGUUAUUAUCAAAAGCAAGUGUUAAGUAACCCUGCAGAGAACGUCACAAUAAUGUUUUUGCGUUUCAUUGGUACUGCAAUUCAAGACAAGUUUAUUAGCAAAGUAAUCUUUAUUGCAUUAAUCUUUAGCAUUUCAACCAAUGUUUAUUUGCUGAAUACUGCCAAGGUUCACACCAGGUACACUGUAACACAACUUUACACAAAUGCCAAAAAUAAGAAAGAAGACGUUUCAAAAAAAAUGUCAAAGCUAACAAAAAUUGACUCCAUUACUACAAAAGCCCGCUAUGAGAGCCCGACAUUUUCUUUGCCAUCAAGUAGCGACGAAGAUAUAAGUGAUACAAGUACACUGCCUUUCGAAAGGACUUUGGAAGAAACCGAACAAAUGAUGAAAGAGGGGCUAUUAACAACCCUUCAUGAUAAUGAGAUUGCAGAUUUAGUUAUAACGAAAAAAUUGCCAUUAUAUUCACUCGAAAAGGAACUUCAUGAUACAGAAAGAGCAGUCGUAAUUCGCAGGAAGGUUAUAUCAAUAACUGCCAAAGCCCCAAUCCUAGAGUCAGAAGGACUUCCUUAUAGGAAUUAUGAUUAUGAUAGGGUGAUUGGUGCAUGUUGUGAAAAUGUUAUUGGUUACGUUCCUCUACCAGUGGGAGUUAUAGGCCCUUUGGUCAUCGAUAAUGUCAGUUACCAUAUACCGAUGGCGACUACUGAAGGAUGUCUCGUUGCGUCUGCCAUGCGUGGCUGUAAGGCCAUAAAUGCAGGAGGUGGAACUAUCACUGUACUUACCAGAGACGGUAUGACUAGAGGACCUUGCGUUCGCUUUCCAUCUUUGAUAAGGGCAGGCGCUUGUAAAUUGUGGUUAGACUCCAUUGAAGGAUCAAACUUAAUGAAAAAUGCUUUCAACUCAACAUCAAGAUUUGCAAAGUUGCAACAUAUACAAACCACUAUGGCUGGCGAUCUAUUAUUUAUUCGAUUUAGGACGACAACUGGAGAUGCCAUGGGAAUGAAUAUGAUUUCCAAAGGUGUCGAAUACUCUUUGAAGCAAAUGGUGGAAGAAUUCGGAUGGUCUGAUAUGGAAAUCGUCUCACUCUCCGGAAAUUACUGUACUGAUAAGAAAUCUGCUGCAAUUAAUUGGAUUAAUGGGAGAGGUAAGAGUGUAGUGGCAGAGGCCACCAUCCCUAGUAAUAUUGUAAAAAGAGUCUUGAAAUGUGACGUUAAACCGUUAGUUGAACUCAACAUCUCCAAGAAUCUCGUAGGUUCUGCCGUUGCUGGCUCCUUGGGAGGAUUUAAUGCACACGCUUCCAAUAUUGUUACAGCUUUAUUUUUGGCAAUAGGGCAAGAUCCUGCGCAAAAUAUAGAAAGCUCCAAUUGUAUUACCAUAAUGAAGGAGACUAAAGAGGGGCAUCUUAAUGUUUCAGUUUCAAUGCCUUCAAUUGAAGUCGGUACGAUAGGGGGAGGUACAAUUUUAAGGCCACAAUCUACAAUGCUAGACCUUCUUGGAGUCCGUGGGCCACAUCCUAUUCAUCCAGGUGAAAAUGCAAGACAACUGGCGAAAAUUGUCGCAAGUGCUGUCUUAGCAGGUGAGCUGUCUCUUUGUGCCGCUCUUGCUUCAGGACACCUUGUUCAAAGUCAUAUGAAGCAUAAUCGUACUAAAGAUAAUAGGAUGGUUGAUAGUCCUUUAUCGGAUGUCAAUAGAAGCAAGGAUGAUAUAGCUUCACGGUAA